CCUCCGGAUGCUCCGCGAUUGCGUCACACCAUCCAUUUAGUGGCUUCGACCACAUUUUCAGGUCAGGUCAUAUAUUGGCUCUUGCUGUUAUGAGAGUUCGUUCGUAGAGUCAGAAGGGGUAGACUGGUAGCGUAUUCAAUAAUGUAUUUUUUGAAACGGAGGAGUCGGACAGGAUUUUUCAGUCAACAUUAAUAUCCUAACCGAUGGCGCCUAGGCAGCUGAAAACAUGUGCUCAGAAUGUCAGUCUGCAUGCUGUGAAAGGAAUAUAGCUCCACUUUGUAUUUUUCCCCAAUGACGUCUGAAAGCUUAGGAUAGGCUAUGAUUUUCUGCAAACCGAAUGGCGUUGUUUGUGUAUGAAAUUGGAUUAUGAAACGAUGCCCACUUUCUCGCUGACCUGACUCACUGUGGCUCUGGACUGUUUAGAUUUGGUCUUUUAUUUUCAUAAAGGAUCUUUGCUCCACAUGAAAAUCUCGAACGAUAAAUGCGCACAAAACUGAAUGCCAUAGGGGUGAACAGGUGACGUCAGUUUAGUAUGCUCAGACUGGAGAUGCCUGUCCCAUGGAUGUGUCUCGACGGGAAUACGGUUCAGUGAUUUGCAGUUCCAGCCCGAGCGCGUUCUACUAACGGAAUCGCUUAUGAUGCCCAGAGGUUUACGGAGGCUCGUGCACCUGGUGCUGUUUUGCCCUAUGUCGAAGGGGCUGCAGAGUCGUCUCCCGGCGUUAAAGGUGAAGUACCUGCUGCUGGCCUGGCUGGGGAUCCUGGUAGCCAGCUGGGUCCUCUACAUGCAGUACGCCUCCUACUCAGAGCUCUGCAGAGGACACGUCUGCCACAUGGUCAUUUGUGACCACUACAGGAGAGGCAUUAUCUCAGGGUCGUCCUGCAAGGACCUGUGUGAGGAGAGGAGCCUGACCCUGCAGCGAUGCAUGUCCACCUCUUCCACACACCAAGUGUACAGUGGUCUGUGGAAGGACAGGCCUGUGGUGAUAAAGUGUGGUCUAGAAGAGCCUCUGAAGGGGGACGUGGCUCCUGACUCUGUACUGAGACAGGAAAUUACCCUGUUUGACAAGCCCACCCGCGGGACCUCCAUGGAUGAGUUCAGAGAGAUGUUGCACAGCUUUCUCAAGUCUAACCUGGGAGAGCAACCUUCUCUCACCACCUUGGUGGGUCGUGUCAUCACCCUGGCCGAUGUCAACAAGGACCGCAAGGUGUCCCUGGCGGAAGCCAAGUCUGUGUGGGCUCUCCUCCAGAUUAACGAGUUCCUUCUGAUGGUAGCCCUGCAGGAGAAGGAGCAUACCCCCAAACUGCUGGGCUUCUGCGGGGACCUGUACGUGACUGAGCGCGUGGGCCACAGCUCCCUCUAUAGGUUGGAGGUCCCCAGCUACCUGCAGGCAUUAGUUCCAGAGGCCCUGAGCUCCAGCCUGAACCAGUGGCUGGCCCCGGCGUGGCCCCGGAGGGCCCGCAUCACCAUAGGCCUGCUGGAGUUCAUAGAGGAGGUGUUCCACGGGGCCUACGGCAGCUUCCUGAUGUGUGACGCCAGCCUGCGCCACGUGGGGUAUAACUUCAGGUAUGACUGCAAGAUGGCAGACCUGCGCAGCGUGGCGUCCGAGAUGGAGGUCCGCAGGUUCCUGCGGGGACGUCGCUGCGAGACCAACGCUGACUGCACCUUCGGGCGGGACUGCACUGCCACCUGCGAUCGGCUGGUGAAGCAAUGUAACACAGAGGUGGUCCAGCCCAACCUAGCCAAGGUGUGUGUGAUGCUACAGGACUAUCUGGUGUCUGGGGCGCCCCAGGACCUCCGCAUAGACCUGGAGAAGCAGCUCCAUACCUGUGUGACGCUCAGCGGCCUGGCUAGCCAGAUGGAGGUGCACCACUCGCUGGUCCUCAACAACCUCAAAACCCUGCUGUGGAAGACCAUCUCCAACACACAGUACUCCUGAGGACCACAGAAGAGCUGCUGGGAGCCAUAUGUAGGCCUGGGUCGUAUUCAUUUGACACCAAAUAAAGGAAACUGGAUUGAAACAAAUGGACAAUCUGAAGUUGUCCAGUAAGAAGUGCAAAUGUAUUAACUGUUCACAUAAUUUUCUACGGUAUGCCCUAAUGACUACAACUCAUUUUUCCUUAGACCGACCUUAACCAGGAAAACAAAAACACCAGGACCUACCCAUAGGAGUGAGGCAGGUCCAAACUCUACCCUAUUAUUUACCCUAGAGGUACUUCACCUCCGACCCUACUUUUUUACAAACAUGCCAAAAGCUUGAGUAAAACAGACUAGUAAAGUGAAAAUGAAUGAAAAUCAAAUGGAUUAUGAUUUAAAAGUAAAGGCAGUUUAUUUUUAUGGAAGGAUUCUUUAUUUUGUGAAGGAGGAAACUGUCUGGUCUAUUCUCAGGGCCUUGCCUAUGUAAUGAUAAUUAACUGUACAGUAUUCUACUUUAAAGAGUAGUUAAGUGUAUAACUUCUAUCAGGGAACGUCAAUGUAGAGGUGUAAUGCCAUGAAAAUAUGGGAGUGAUGUAACAGUAUGUGAAAAAACUACUAUUUUAUCUGUGUGUGAAUGGUCCAUCAGACAAGGUCAAAUGAGAUGGAAAUAUGGAGGGAUCAAUUGAGCUUUUGUGAUAGAUCAUAACCAAUCUAUAUUACUCAGAUGAAAAGAAAAGAAAAUACAGCACUCCAAUCUAUGGCAAUUUUUCUAGACUUAAAAAAGUGAAGUCUCAGUAUUUUAUGAAUUAUACAACAGGUUGGUCUAAUCCUGAAUGCUGAUUGGGUAAAACCGCAUUCCAGUCAGUGUCUGUACCACCAUCUAACUUACUAUUUACUGUUCCAUCCGAUUGCGCAAUCCACUGUCUGGCGAUAUCGCACCUCAUUAGCUCAUUGCUCAUUAGCUCAUUGCUCAUUAGCUCAUUGCUCAUUAGCUCAUUGCUCAUUAGCUCAUUGCUCAUUAGCUCAUUGCUCAUUAGCUCAUUGCUAUGAUGCAUCCAAAUAAACAAUAAACAUUAUCCAAACAAAUGUCACAAAACAGCUUAAACAAAUGCAGCUAUUCAGGCUGCACUGUCUGACGUGACUAAGUUAGCCGUAGUUGGCUAGCUAGCAAGCAAGGGAUAAGAAGGUUGCCAGCCAGCAUGGCAAUGGAACAUUAAGAAUGAAAGACUGACACAGAACAAAAAAUUGAACAACUGUGGCGCGUCUCUGGCAACCAAAACACCAGCUUGGGUAGCAACCCUAGAUUUGUGUCGGGACUGUCUUGUGGAACCAUGAAAUAGUAUGAACAAAUUCAUCAAAUCAAAAUGUUAAUCAUUAUUUGAAUAUAUUUGAAUAUGUUGAUAAAAGUGAAUAUGCACUCAAAGCCGGUGUGGAGGAUAUUGGCACGGUUUGCCGGCCCUAGUCAUGGGCCUAACACCCGUGCCAAUAUAUACUCCAAACACCGGCUUCUCUGGCAUUAUCACUUAAAGGGAAAAAAGCUGUCUUUUACCAUUGUGUAGUUCGCCCCGACAGUAUUUUGCAAUUCAAAUUCCAACCAACCAUGUUCUCGCCUCAAGUUCCAUCCAUCUUUCCAUGGCACCAAUAUAUUCAUUUUACAGGUGUACUUGUUAAAAUAGUCUCCAGUGUCAGUAGAUACAUUGUAAUAGUGACAUGUUUCGGCAUCUGAAGGGAAACGCUCAUAAGAAAAUAUAUUUCAACCAGUGAGAUCAGCUUGAGAUUUGAAUUAGCUUGAAAAUUGCAUCAUGAUAAAAGUGAUACUCAGAACCAAAGUCUGGUCCAUAAGGCAAUUUGAUUCUUAAAUUGGAUCCAAAUACUGCCUAAUUAAAUAAAAGGUACACAGUCCAGAGGUUAACAUGAUCAGACAGUCCAGAGGUUAACAUGAUCAUCCAUCUACCCAAAUACAGUGCCUAUCAGAUUCUACCAACUUUGCGCAACUCUUACAGCAACAUGCACAGUGUACAAAAAAUGAGGAAUACCUUCCUAAUAUCAAGUUGCACCCGAUUGUGCCCUCAGAACAGCCUCAAUUUGUCUGGCCAUGGACUCCACAAGGUCUAGAAAGCUUUCCACAGGGUUGCUGGCCCAUGUUGACUCCAAUGCGUCCCACAGUUGUGUCAAAUUGGCUGGUAGUGGAUCUCUAUACCGAAUAGUUCAUUCCAUCUCAUCCCACAGAUGCUCAAUUGGAUUGAGAUCUGGUGACUGGGCAGGCCACUGCAGUAAGCAGAAUGCAUCAUUCGUGGAACCAUUCCUGGACAAUCCAAGCCUUGUGCCAUUAUCCUGCUGAAAAAAAAUCAAUUCACAGAUUGAUACACUCCUGCCAUGAAGGGAUGCACCCGAUUGACAAUGAUGUUUAUAUAUCCCUUGGCAUUCAAACAUUGUGCCACUUAUCAACUGGCCCAAUGUGUGCCAUGAAAACACACCACCAACCUGCAAUGUUGACACGCGGCAUGAUGGAUGCAUGUACUCGUGGUUCUCGCCAUACCGAAGUCCUCCCAUCAGCGUGAAACAGCAGGAACUGGAAUUCAUCAGACCAGGCAAUGUUUUUCAAACUCUCUAUGGUUUGUUCCUUGGUCCACUGCAACCCAUUUAUUUAUUUUUGUGCUGAAAGAGGAACUCCAAGGUCGUCGACUGCCACACCCCAUUCGUGUCGAGGUAGGACGAGUUGUGCCUUCUUUUGGGUCUUUGGGCACCAAUGUUGUACUGGACUGUCAGUUGACUAACUGUAGCCAGUCUGUUGCUCUGCACAAUUCAGGUCAGCCUCCUUUGUCGUCUUUCGUCAAAGACCCAUUUUCGGCCACAGGCCUGCCGUUGGCUGGAUGUCCUUUAGGCGGUGGACCAUUCAUGAGACACGGGAAACUUGAGUGUGAAAAACCCAGCAGCAUUGCAGUUCUUGACAAACUGAUACGCCUGGCAGCUACUACCAUACUCCGUUACAAAGGUACUUCGAUCUUGCCCAUUCACCCUCUGAAUGGCACACAUACACAAUCCAUGUGUCUCAAGUAUUACAUCUUUUAACCCAUCUCCUCACCUUCAUUUACACAGAUUGAAGUGGAUUCAACAUGACAUCAAGGAUCAUAGCUUUCACCUGGUCAGGCCAUGUCAUGGAAAGAGCAGGUGUUCCUAAUGUUUUGUACACAGUGGUUGUUGCCGUAAGAGUUCUGCAAAGUUGGUAGAAUCUUAUUCCAAAUGAUUCAGAACUAAUGGAUGCCAAAGGUGCUUCCAAGUACUAAGUUUAGGAUGGAGACUUAUCCAAAUUAUGAUAUUUCAGUGUUUAAUUUGUUACAUUUUCUAUAACUUUAACGUUGAAGAUGUGGGGUUGGUUGUGUAGAUCUGUAGGAAUAUAAUAAAAUGUAACAUAUUAAUGCAGCAAAACAGUGCCCUACGCUAUAGAAGAUGUCACCAUAAACAGGCAAGAGUGUGGCCUGCACAAUCCUUUCUCUACCAUCACCUUGAAUCUUCAACUUUGAAACUGGCCACAUCUUGGCUUCUUCGUCACAUCUGCAAUCUGUCAAAGAAUCAGGAAAUGGGUGAGAAAACGAUAGCCAAGACCUAUCAAUCCUCCAAAAUGAUCAAGAAAAGUAGACCUCAGAUCAAAGUCAAUCAAAACUCACAAAGUCUUGGACUAAUGGCAGUUACCAGUCAGUAAACAAAUUAACACAAGAAACACAACUGCUGAGGGUGAGGGAUCUUGAAGGAAAAGUCCACCACAGUUUUUGGUGUUUGUUCCAUUGUUGACAUAAGUAAAACAUGUUUGGUGUUUGUUCCAUUGUUGACAUAAGUAAAACAUUUUUGGUGUUUGUUGCAUUGUUGACGUAAGUAAAACAUUUUUGGACAAUGUCACCAAUGGACUAACAAUAAAUACCAAACUAUUUUUUCUUUAA